GUGGUGGAAGCUCUUGUCCUUCCUGCUGUGUCCUGGUGGACUGUCCCUGCCGAGCUCAGGACCUUCACUCGCAGGGCUGUAUGAAGAAUUCCUCUUCAGACCGCCGCACAUCUGCUCCACAUUCCAGCUGCUCCCUGUUGUGCCUCCUCGAGUUUCACGAUGCCACUGUCUCGCUCCUUGUCCAUGACGUCCCUGAGUGGGGUGCUGCCGUCCUGGGAAGAAGAUGAGCUGCCCGUGGAGGACCUGCUGCUCUUUGAGGUGGCCUGGGAGGUCACCAACAAAAUUGGAGGAAUCUACACAGUGAUCCAGACCAAGGCGAAGAUCACAGCGGAUGAAUGGGGGGAGAACUAUUACAUGAUCGGGCCGUACUUCGAACAAAACUUCCAGACCCAGGUGGAGGCCUGUGAGCCGCCCAACCCAGCCAUCAGGAAGGCCAUGGAUGCUCUCAUCCAGAACGACUGCCAGGUUCAUUUUGGCCGCUGGCUAAUCGAAGGCAGCCCCUAUGUGAUCCUGUUUGACAUCAGCUCUGCUGCCUGGAACUUGGACCGGUGGAAGGGUGACCUGUGGCAGACCUGCCACAUCGGCCUGCCCUACAAUGACCGAGAGGCCAAUGACUCACUCAUCCUGGGUUCCUUGGUAGCCUGGUUCUUCCGAGAGCUGACAGAUAACCUUGGAGACAAUCCAAAUGUUAUUUGUCAUUUCCAUGAGUGGCAGGCAGGACCUGGGCUUAUUCUGUCUCGCUCCCGUAAGAUUCCCAUAGCAACGGUGUUCACGACACAUGCCACCCUGCUGGGACGAUACCUCUGUGCUGGUAAUACCGACUUUUAUAACAACCUGGACAAGUUCAACAUUGACAAGGAGGCAGGGGAAAGACAGAUCUACCAUCGCUACUGUCUGGAGAGAGCCGCAGUCCACUGUGCUCAUGUCUUCACCACAGUUUCAGAGAUCACAGCUGUGGAGGCCAACAGCAUUCUGCACAGGAGGCCAGAUGUGGUAACCCCGAAUGGGCUGAAUGUGAAGAAGUUCUCAGCCAUGCACGAGUUUCAGAAUCUGCACUCCACCAGCAAGGCCCGCAUACAAGAAUUUGUCCGAGGACACUUUUAUGGUCAUUUGGACUUCAACCUGGACAAAACCCUUUUCUUUUUCAUCGCUGGACGCUAUGAGUUCUCCAACAAGGGUGCUGAUAUUUUUCUCGAAUCACUGUCCAGACUCAACUACCUGCUGCGGGUCCACAAAAGUGAUGUAACAGUGGUAGUUUUCUUUAUCAUGCCUGCCAAAACCAACAACUUUAAUGUGGAGUCGUUGAAGGGGCAGGCGAUACGCAAACAGCUCUGGGACACAGCUCAUAAUGUGAAAGAGAAGUUUGGAAAAAAGCUGUACGAUGCUCUUUUAAAAGGGGUGAUCCCUGAUAUGAACUCCAUCCUGGACCGAGACGACUUCAGCAUGAUGAAGAGAGCCAUCUAUGCCACUCAGCGGCAAACCCUCCCCCCAGUGACCACACACAACAUGCUGGACGACUCCACAGACCCCAUCCUGUCCAACAUAAGGCGCAUCGGCCUCUUCAACGCCAGGAACGACCGCAUCAAGAUAAUCUUCCACCCUGAGUUCCUGUCUUCCACCAGUCCCCUGCUGCCCAUGGACUAUGAGGAUUUCGUCCGUGGCUGUCACCUUGGAGUGUUCCCCUCCUACUAUGAACCAUGGGGCUACACACCUGGUGAAUGCACUGUAAUGGGCAUCCCCAGUGUGACCACCAACUUGUCAGGUUUCGGCUGUUUCAUGGAGGAGCAUGUCUCAGACCCCUCUGCCUAUGGCGUCUACAUCAUGGACCGGCGGUUCCGUUCCGCAGACGAGUCCUGCAACCAGCUGACCCAGUUCAUGUUCAGUUUCUGCCAGCAGUCACGGCGCCAGCGCAUCAUCCAACGGAACCGCACAGAGAGGCUGUCUGAUCUGCUGGACUGGAGAUACCUGGGGCGGUUCUACAUACAUGCCCGCCAUCUGGCACUAACCAGAGCUUUCCCAGAGAAGUUCAACAUGGAACCCAUCACCCCUCUGAAGACAGAGGGUUUCCGUUACCCCCGCCCCUUCUCAGUGCCCCCCUCUCCCUCAGCCUCCCUCCACUCCACCCCCCACCACAGUGAUGUGGAGGACGAUGACGACGAGCCCUACGACGAAGACGAGGAGGCUGAGAGGGACCGGCUGAACAUCAAAUCUCCUUUUGUGCUGGGAGCCGCGCCCGAGGGAACGAAGAAGCAACCUGGAGAAUCAGUAAACUGAAAAAUCGUGGUGUUCCCCAAGGCUUUAUCCUUGUCCCGUUGUUUUUGGCGUACAUUAUUCAUCUCAGUGUAAUUAUACAGAACAAAGAUGUCUUAUGUUCUGAUAGAAUUCCAUAAUUAUAUUUCCCUUAGUAAUUGCUUUUAGUGAAAUAAAUCCUAUCCAAUCCUGUUUCCCUGUUAUUUGUUAAUUGCAUGUCCAGUAAGCUAUCUUUUGAUAAUCUAUUCAUCAGUAUAUCU